AAUUUUCAUUCAGUCGUAGACUGUUUAAAGUGGGUUCGACUUUCGCUGACAUCGCAUACGUCUCUGUGCAGGGAAUUUGUGAAAAGUAUUGUUUUGAUUCUACGUUGCACCUAAUCAUUACCGCGUAGUUGCAUAGUUUUUUAUUCUAUCAGUUAAAAUCAGAAGGCUUGUGUACAUGAUUCACUAUCGUUUUAUUCCCACAUUUUAGUAAUCACCGUCAUCGUUGUGAAUGGGCGAAGGCAUAAACGAGAGAGAGAACGGUAGCAGCUUUUGUUAAGAUGAGCAGCGGAAAUAACAUACAGCUUCUCUGUAUAUCGGAUCAACAGCAAGCGCUCUCCGCUAGUCUGGCGGAGAAAAAUCUGAAAAGCUUUCAGUAUGCCUUGCGUAGAGGUGCAGAUCCGGCCGUUCGUGAUGACCUCAGUGGACUAUCAGUGUUCGAGAAGGCAUGCGAAACUGCGGGCUCCGCAAAGUUCAUUGAAGAGUGUCUAGUGCAUGGUGUUGAUACGCAACAGCCGAAUGCCAACGGAAAGUUCCCGAUUCAUUUCGCUGUGCUGUCCGAGGAUGCAGAACAUUUUCAAGCGUUACUGAGCGAAGGGACAAAUCCCAAUCUUCUGUAUCAAGACCAAACCGCGCUGCAUCUGCUGUUCGAGCGCUUAAACAGCGACAAUUGGAAGCGGGUUUUCCCAUGCAUCCAGGUGCUAAUUCAAAGUGAACCAGCCAGUGUUAAUAUUCCAAACAGUGAAAAUCGAACACCAGUGGGAGUUUUCGUGAAAAACUCCAAGAAUUGGCAAAAAAAUUCGGAGGAUUGGAGGAAAGAGAUUCUGCAGUAUUGUUUGAAGUUCGCCAACGUAGAUGUGGAUACGUUUCGAAAAGGAGAAUUAAGAAAGAAAAUUCAGGAUUUUUUCCCCGACGUAACGAUUCCAAGCUUUAUAAUGGAAACAAAUCUAUCGGUCUUGGUGACACUCAUCAAGACCCUUAACGAAGAUAAGUUUAAUUCAGAACUCCAAAAAUACAGAUCCAAACAAGUCAACGAAAGCGAAUGGCAGAAUGAUUUUUGGGAACUGCUCUCGAUGGCAGUGCAAUCUGGACGUCUCUCGUUCGUGAAAACUCUUCUAGAAAACGAUUACAAAUUCUCAGCGGAAUCUCGCCUACCGGAACUGCUAACUAAAUGCUGCAAUUACGGCUACCAUGACAUUCUAUCAUUCAUUUUGUCCAAAACUGGACACACAGCAGCCCACAUUAGGACCAUAAAUUCAGUACCACUACUUUCGUUGGUAAUUAAAGAAAUCAACACACUCAAAGACCGAGCAAAAUGUCCGUUUUUCAAGUGCCUAGACAUCCUUCUCGAUGACGAUCGGAUAGAGAUUGACAAAGUAGACAGCAAAGGUUGCAGCGCUCUCCACUAUGCUGUUAAGUACAAGGUCGAUGGGGCCGUUGAACUGCUACUGAAACAUUCGGCCUACAUUGGAACGGUUAACAUGUUCAAGGAGUUACCUAUUUGUGAGAUGAGUCCGGAAAUUUUGCAGGAACAUUUAAACUCGUGCAUUACCACCAACGACAAGCGACCAGGGGAUGACGACUACGAAGUGAACAUAGAUUUUUCCUGUCUCGUUCCUCCCGUGUACAAGCGAAACCACACUGGAGAUGUGAAGAAAGAUGCCGCCGGUUUGAAGGAAAUUAGCGAUGAAAUGUUGCCGAUUGUCUAUAUGGCAAACUCGGGUGAUAUGAAGCCUCUGUUGAAACACCCUGUGAUAUCCAGUUUCGUGUUAAUUAAGUGGUUAAGACUGAGUAUUUAUUUCUAUAUAAACUUUCUAAUUUGUACGACAUUCUUCUUGGCCUUCACCUGGUAUGUUGUGGGAUGCUACGGCCAGGACAAUGUUGAUCGAUUUCUUAAGGAAUCACUGCGAAUCAUUUCUUUGCUUGGCACUACCUAUAUAGCAUUGCGAGAAAUAGGACAAAUGAUGCUCCACACAAAAAUGUACCUCUACUCGAUCGAAAAUUGGAUGGAGAUUACUUUGGUGGUGGCGGCCUACACAGUUCUGCUAAAGGAAUUCGAACAAAGUGAGAUUCGACAGAUCAUCUCGGCGGUUGUAAUUCUACUUUCCGCGUUAGAAUUCACUCUCCUGGUCGGAAUGCUGCCCGUGCUUUCGAUAUCAACGCACAUGGUUAUGCUGAAGACGGUGUCGAAAAACUUUCUGAAAAGUUUAAUCUUGUACUCCAUAAUUCUGAUUUCGUUCGCGUUCUGUUUCUACACGCUAUUUCAUGUUAAAAAUGCUACUAGCACAAAAGAUUCCAUAGUCUUUCCCGACGAUGUCAAUAAGGUCAGAGAAGAAGAAACUAAAGCAGAAGAACCUAAAGAAGAUGAUAAAUUUAACACGUUUGGUGACAUUGGUACUGCACUACUCAAAACAAUGGUUAUGCUAACAGGUGAAUUCGAAGCUGCCAAUAUCAAGUUUGAAAGCAACGGCGUUAGUUAUUUGAUAUUUUUGCUGUUCUUGUUUUUCGUCGCCAUCGUGAUAUUUAAUCUUAUGAAUGGCUUAGCUGUCAGUGAUACCGCGGCUAUAAAAGCGGAGGCAGAGUUGAUAGGACUUUCGCAGAAAGUGGACGUAAUCUCGAAGUACGAAAAUGCGUUAAAGUUCCCAAACACAAACGGCGUACUAACAAAUCUCAUACACUGCAUCUUCCCGAGGACGUUUCUGCAACUUUUCCCCACGUAUUUACCGUACUACUACGUCAUAAUAACCCCAAACCAAUCGAACUCAAUAUUCAUACCUAGGCCACAGAAGCACGUAGACCAGGAGUCCGUGUUGGACGUUGAAAGCCACUUCGAGUUACUGCCGGAGAACGCACGAAGCAAUGAAAGAUUCAAGCUCAGUUUUGGCUGCUGCAUUCUGCCGUCCUUCUCGAAGAUGGAUGGUAAAGUUAUGAAAUAUGCUAAGGAAAUUUUACACUCGCGUAAUCAACGAAUUCAUUCGAAGGACAAGUUGGAAAUGCUCGAAGUGAGGCUGACUACCAUUGAGCAUAACAUUGAGCGAAUACUGCAAUUUUUGAACAGGGAUGGAAAAUAGUUCCGUUUUGAUUGCUAAAAAGCACAAAAUAAGUAUUAUCGUAUGUUUUAGUGAAAAGUGUUGCGUUUUAAACUGGAUAUAAUACGAAUUAUGAUGUUAUUCUUUUAAGCAGUAUAGCUUUAUAUUUAUAGAUCAUCAUGUUUUGCUAACAAAGUUUAUUCAGUUGAUCAAAGAAGAUAUUGAAAGUACUAAUUUAAUUGUUAAACAAGUAAUAAUCGCAAUUAAAAUUAUAUGUUUCAAUAAUGGUUUUAAUAUUAUCUAUUUAUUUGAUUAAGCAGAUAGAAUUUUGAGGUUCGUUAUUCUGACUGUGUUCGCUGUUUGAAAGCUAUACUCACGCUAACAAUUUUCAAAAAAAGUGUUUGAACAAAUCUCGACUUUUAAAAAAAAAUAUAAUCUAAUAUUUGAAAUUUUUGAUACACUGCCAUCAAACAUUUUCUGACCCCAUUGAAAAACAAGUUCUCAAAGCCAAAAUUGAUCCCUUAGAUAGAACUAACCUCAAAUUAUAGGACUUCCAACAAAAAAGUGAACAAAAAAAAUAACUUAAAGGUUGCUCUUCAGAGUGUUGCUUAUACAUUCACUGAGUUUUGCAGUUGUCAGUGAGAUUUCGGUCGAAACAGAAGAAAACUAGCAGAUCGGAUUAUGUUAUGUUCAUCCACAUGGAAAAUCAUGGGUUCAGGCAUCGUGACUUGGCAAAGGUUUAGUGUCAAAGCGCGUGCCCGCAAACUUUACACGAAAUACACGUUUUUUUUGGGCCGCAAAUCAUGAACCCACGAAACUGUCCUUUACUUCGUCCGAGCGAAACCAUCUGGGCUAUGAUUAAGGGCAAACUUCGAUUGGCUAAAAGAGAAACGAAGGACGAAAAGGAAUCGGUGAGAAACUGGAAAAACUGAAAAAUGGGUUUCAGCAUUUCACCAGUCCAUUUCAUAACUAAACCGAUGUAUGUAAACUGAUCAACUGUUGAAAUUUAUUUUUGUUCCGAUUCACCAAUCAAUCUAAAGUGUCGCAAUAAUUAUCAACUCAGCCACUCAUCACAAAAAAGAUUUGGGAAAUUUCAGUCAUCCAACAAAUCGCCUCCUCACUUA